AACUUUUAUCGUCCACAGUAGACGUUUCUCCGUUAACAUGAAACACUGUGUUUCAUUUAAAGAAAAAACGUCGACAUGUUUACUUAAAACGACACGGAGUUGGUAAACCCAACACUUCUAUCGGGAAAGUCAUCUUAAUUUAUCCCAAUUCACCUCUUUCACUCGACGAACCCUAAUCUUCAAAUCGAUGAGAUGAAUCUGUGACUGCUGAGUGUGCGUUUGAGAGUGAGAAUCAUGUUGGAGAGAAUGAAUUUUCCAAGCCCAAAGUUAGUUCUUCGUUUGUUUUCGUUCUCUUUCUAUUUCGGAUUAAAGAUUUCUACUUUUGAUUAAUAUUCUCUAUUUUUUUCAAUCAAUCUAAGCGAUUUUCAUUUGCUUUUACGGGACUUUCUUUUUUCGUUUGUGGGUUGGAGGAUAUUGGGCUUCAGAUGGAUCUUACAAUGGUGGUCGGACUAAGUGUUGUGGAGUGGAGUUCAGAAGAGGUCUUGAGAGUUCCUCUGUAGUGGACUUUGAGCAUGAAUCAGAUGGAUACAUUCAAUACGCAUAGUGGCAUAAGACGAUGAAAAUACACAACUACUAUAUAUUUUUCACCGAAUUGGUGAUUUUGGGGAGGCAUAAACGCCAUUGAUCAUGACUUUGGUGAGGUAUAAGCAUCAUUAAUGGUUCUAUAGUAAGGUGAUGAUUUUGGUUCAGUCCACAAAAAUAGACCCUUGAUUGCCAAACCUAGAAGAGUCAAGAUCCUAGCAGCUUUUCUUGCAGAGAAUAAUUGUUACUUAAGUUCCAGUACCUUACAAGCUAUAACAAAUAGGUUCGCAUGAGAGUCCACAUUUAGAAUUUUAUCGAAAUAAUAAUUAGCCUUGUACCAGAUUUUCCCUAACAAGAGAAUCUAUAAAAAGUUCCCUUACAAAAAUAUGCCAGUUUUGGAAAGUAUCAUGAAUCCCUUUAUUCUUUCUGUAAUGUAGUGACCAAAUAUUUCGGUGCUUUAAUAAAAUCCAAUUUCAAUCAUCUAACCACACUUUGGCUUACAAUUAAUAUUUUGUACUAUAAAACAUAUACUUUAAAAUCUUCAAAUAUCUUUCUAUAAAAGGGUGCACAGAAAACCCUCAUUUCAGAAAAAAUGGGGUCUCUCACACACAACAUAUCCUUUCUCAUUCUCCUAUUCCUCAGCUUCCUUGCCCUCUCCUUCGUUUGCGACUGUAGCCCUCCUAAACCAUCAUCGGAUCCCCACAACCCGCCAAAUCAUCCCGUCAAACCGCCUCAGUCACCUGCUGUCAAACCGCCAAAACCACCCACGAAACCGCCCACCGUUAAACCACCUCCAUCAACCCCUAAACCACCCAUGAAACCGCCAACCAUUAAACCACCGUCCCACAAGCCUCCACCUGUGGUAACGUCGCCAACACCUUGCCCAGCACCAAUACUCUGCCCACCAAAAUCACCGUGCCCACCACCAAUACCGUGCCCACUACCGACACCAACUCCACCUGUCGUGCCAAAACCAGAGACUUGCCCAAUCGACACCCUGAAACUAGGCGCUUGUGUGGACAUUCUUGGAGGUUGCAUUCACAUGGGAAUUGGUAAAAGCUACGCUAAGCAAACGUGUUGCCCGGUUUUGGGAGGUUUAUUUAGCAUGGACGCAGCCAUUUGCCUAUGUACUACCAUUGAAGCCAAAUUUUUCAAUAUGGACCUCAUCAUUCCCAUUGCUAUUGAGAUUCUUCUCGACUGCGGAAAGCCUCCACCUCCUGGCUUCAAAUGUAAGUUUGAUGAUAUUCUUGGGUAAUUGGAGGUUAAUUUGCGUGUGUGAAACCUUUACUCACUUGUUUCAUUUGAUACGAUAAAAGGGUUUGUUUGGGUUUUCACGCUGUACUUUUUAAGUUCAAAUCUCUGUACGCUUUCAUUUAUUUUUAUGUACAUAGACGUAGUAGGUUGUGGAGUAAAGAAAUGUGAUUUUCAUAGUCAUGCACAUUGCACUGAUGGACCAAGUACAUGUGUAUAAAUUUCGUUGUAUACAUACACGCCUCUAUGCCAACAAAUAUACCAUACUGUA